UGGUGUGGCCCUGGCCGGCCACCUGUUCUGCUGCCCCUCCCCAGCCAUGUGCUCCGUCUCACCCUCCUGCCUUCUUUCUUUCCGAGAACCUCACUAUUUUACUGAUCUACCUGCCCACUCAUUGUCUUUUGUGUGUCCCCAACCAGAAUGAGAGGAGCCAGGAGCAGGUCUGUCUCCUUCACUCUGUGUCCGCAGAACGGAGAGCCGUGCCCGGCUCAUAGAACGAGCUUCGUAGGUACGGAGAGAGGGAGAGAGAGAGACAGAGACAGAAACAGGGACAGAGAAGGGGGCUGCACACUGAACUCAGGGGUCCCUCUUGCGCGUGCGCCCACCCCCAUGAGCACAGGUAACGAGGGAGCCCCCUCUUUCGAGUGCUCUGGGGUCAGGGCGAGCAGGGCACCGGGGCCGAGAGCGCCUAGGAGAGGUGGAGUGGGGACACAGGCCUUCUGGAGGGAGUGGCCCCCUCUGCAAUCCAGGCCUUCGGGACCGGUCCCCAUCCUCCCUGUGAGGACACACGUGCACCAGGUGGGAGGAGCACCCAGCCCAGGAGGCUGUGCUGGCAAUCAAACCGGAUGCCGCGUGAGGGCUGCGCCCGGGUGGCAGGUGCGGUGACCAGGGCCGCUUUCCGAGACGCAGGUAUGUGCAGGUCUUGUGUUCAAAGAGGCACAGGAUCAGAUCGGCCCGGCUGACCCUGGGACUUUGCUCUGCUCCUCAGCAGGAACGAGCUCGGAGGCUUUCCUGUCUGAAAAACCCAUCAUGGGACGCUCGGCUGUCCUCCUCGCCGUGGCCCUGGCCACCCUCCUGGCUCCAGGGACAGGGGCUCCCGUCGGCAGGAAGGUCUCCCGGAAUAAGCUGCUGCUGGUGUCCUUUGACGGCUUCCGCUGGGACUAUGACCAGGACGUACCCACCCCCAACCUGGACGCCAUGGCACUCGACGGGGUGAAAGCACGCUACAUGACCCCGGCCUUCGUCACCAUGACCAGCCCCUGCCACUUCACCCUGGUCACUGGCAAAUACAUCGAGAACCACGGCGUGGUUCACAACAUGUACUACAACACCACCAGCAAGGUGAAGCUGCCCUACCACGCCACGCUGGGUGUCCAGAUGUGGUGGGACAAUGGCAGCUUACCCAUCUGGAUCACAGCCCAGAGGCAGGGCCUAAAGACCGGCUCCUUCUUCUACCCUGGCGGGAACGUCACCUACCAAAACGUGGCCGUGACGCUGAGCCGGAAGGAAGGCGCUCUGCACAACUACGGAAACGAGGCGGAGUGGAAAGCCAACAUCGACACGGUGAUGACCUGGUUCACGGGGGAGGGCCUGGACCUGGUCACGCUCUACUUCGGGGAGCCCGACUCCACGGGCCACAAGUACGGCCCCGAGUCCCAGCAGAGGAAGGACAUGGUGAUGCAGGUGGACAGGACCGUGGGCUACCUCCGGGACAGCAUCAGGAGCAGCGGCCUGGAGGACAGCCUCAACCUGAUCGUCACCUCGGACCACGGCAUGACCACCGUCCACAAGCAGGCCCAGGACCUGGUGGAGUUCCACAAGUUCCCCAACUUCACCUUCAAGGACAUCGAGUUUGAGCUCCUGGACUACGGGCCGAACGGGAUGCUGCUCCCCAAGGAGGGCAGGCUGGAGAAGGUGUACGAGGUCCUCAAGGACGCCCACCCCAAACUGCACGUCUUCAAGAAGGAGUCCUUCCCCUCAUCCCUCCACUACGCCAACAACUCCAGGAUCACCCCCUUGCUCAUGUUCAGCGACCCUGGCUACGUCAUCCACGGGAGACUGAGUGUGCAAUUCAACAAGGGGGAACACGGCUUUCACAACAAUGUCACAGACAUGAAGACCAUCUUCCGGGCCGUGGGCCCCAGCUUCAAGCGGGGCCUGGAGGUGGAGCCCUUCGAGAGCGUCCACGUGUACGAGCUCAUGUGCAAGCUGUUGGGCAUCGUGCCCGAGGCCAACGACGGGUCCCUCAGCGUCCUGCUGCCCACACUGCAGGAAACCAGCCACGGGCCCCUCAGCACCGUGCCGCCCACACUGCAGAAAACCAGCCACGGGCCCCUCAGCACCGUGUCGCCCACGUCCCCCUCAGGGUUUGCUCUCGUGCCACGUGGCUGGUGCCCCUUGGUGAUGGGACUCUCAGUGGCUACGAUUCUUCUGGCCAAGGUCGCAUAAUGCCGCUCCAGGCCCGCCUCUUCCAGGAAGCCUCCAGAAGCUGCCCUCUCAAUGCGUGAGUCCGCUGGACACGGAUGGGCCUUUAAUCCCAACUUAACCACAGACCUCAGUGUCCCCACAGCCCCAGCUCAUGCUCAGUCGUUCUGGUGCUGGCAGUGGGGCCCCUGCCCAGGUCUGGGGCGGUGCAGGGUCCCCCUCCCCUCCCCUCUCCCCGGCUUCCCACAGGCCCCGCCCCCACAAGCCGUGCCGUCUGCGGCCACGCGGGGGCGCGCGGGAGCCCCGCGCGGGAAGGUCCCGCGGCCCGGCUCCAGCUUCCACCCGGGGCGCAGGGCCGGUGGCGGGGACACUUUGCCUGAUCGAGUCCGCACGCCGGUCCCCGCCGGCUCCUGCUCCAGGGGGAAUGAAGGACAGCCUAGCCGCUGCAGUCACAGUAGCCACCGUGGCUACAGGCCUUUUGCUCCAAAGCCUGCUGGGUUUUCUUACAGCCCAACCAGUUGGCCCCAGCGUGUGAUGCCUUCCUAACAACUUAGGACGACUAACCACCCCCCAUCCCCACCCCCGGGAACCCAUCCGCUCUUCCUGCGGGACAGGCCCUGGUUGGCCUUGCCAAGGAGAGGUGGCACAAGGGGUGGGGCGAGAAGGCUCUUUGCGAACUGACAGGGAACCACAUCAUUGCCCAGCCAAAAAAAUAAAAGUAAUUUAAAAAGGCGAAGACGUUGCAAAUAGUAGACCCCCCACGGGUGGGCGUGGGGGAGGGGGGAGAGUAUGUGUGCGUGUGUACGUGUGUGCGCACGCAUGCGGGCACGUCUGCACGUAAAUAAACACCCUGGAGCACUCCCAGGAACAGGGGAGCACUGCCGGCUCCAGAGACGGGCCGGAGCGGGAGGGGUGCGGUCCGCCACGCCGUCCCCUGCGCACUGCGCAUACCAAAGCAUUUCCGGACCAUGCACUCAAAACCACUUUUAAAGAGCAGGGCUUUGGAGUGACAACUCCCACUCCAGUCUGUCCCCCACUCACAAGCUGUGACCUCGGGGCGCAGCCUCAGUGUCCUCAUCGGAAAACGUGAGGGGACGAGGAGAUGCAUACUUCCCUGAGAUCUGCCCAGGAGAACGCUGGGAGGCUGGGGGCCCCCCAGGUGAAGGCCGGGCCGCAGAGACUGCGUGUUACAAAUCCAGCCGUAACACUGUGAGACGCGACUCCGCAGGAGGGGUUUGCGGGACCAGACGACCCCUUGCCUGUGAGCCCCCCUCCCCUCCCUGGGCCUCAUCUACCUGUGACUGGGUCCCACCUUCACCUCCAGGGUCCAUCCCAACCCACCCUCGG